GGAACUGAAGGAAGAGAGGCUUAAAGAAACGACAGAGUGUGUCUAGAAUUAAAAAUAAGAAGGAAGACUCACUUUGCGUGCUCAUCGCUGUCAUAUAGACCAGAGUAUCAUUGUGCAACGAUUAUCGCUCGCGUUAUCGGGAUAUCAUAUGACAUAUAUAUAUCGUAACAUUUGGACGAUUCACAAGGAGGAUUAGUGACUCACAAUAGUCGGAAUGAAAAUUGCGCGCACGGACGGAAACGCUAUAUUAUGAUCUAGCGGACGUAUACGGGCGGGAGGGCGAAUUUGACGUACUCGUCCAUCGUCGACGAAUGAUGUUAGUGUUGCUGCUGUGCAUCGUCAUGAAGAUAGCAGAGAUCUCCGUGGGCCGGACGAGUCCCAUGGUGCGGCCACCGCGCCCCCCGCCGCCACCCACUUGCGACAGUUGCGACAGGCGGUGUAGGCGAUGCAGGCGAUGCAGGCGAUCCUCGCCCAAGCGUAGGCAUCAUCGGCAAUCCUAUGCCGAUAAUAGGUGCAUCUCGCGGAAACGAGAAGGCAUAGCAGUGAUGGAAGAGCCACAAACUCCAGGAUCCGAUUGCAAUUCUAACCCAGCGACAGAUUCCAUCCAGCAGGAUCUGGUUGGGUCCGAGUUUGUUCAAGACAAUGUUGAAUAUCAAUGGUUUAUCGAUUAUGGAUAUAGAGAUGGAGGACUACAUAUCCAUCCCAGUGUUCUUUCAUCGCUUUCCGCAUCCUAUACUCCCAAGGAUCUGGGUUAUUAUGACGACCUUGCUCGGAAUUUGGACGCUAAUCUGGCGGAAAUUGACAUGGAAAGCUUUCGUACGGCGGACAUUCAUACCCUCCUUACGGCUCUACCUGUCAUGUGCACGGAACCAGUUCAACAUUCCGAAUUUAACUAUCAAAGGGAACAGUAUGCCAGUAUAUCUGGAUCUGUCAUGGAAAAGCUUGACAUCGGUUCCUCCAUCAGCCCUCAUACCAGUAGCCAGGGAGAAGAUUCCGCAUGUUCCACCGCCGACACAAUAUCUAUAUGCAAGUCGUCGUUGCUAUUUUCUCCAGUAAAAGAAACCCCAAUGUUACCACCGGGUGGUAGUUAUAGCGUAGAUUCUCUGGACUGUGAAGAUAUGUUACUCACCUGUCAAACGAAUAAUAAAAACAAUUAUACCAUUGCUUUUGAGGGCAGCAUGACUAUGUAUUCGGAUGGCUCUCAAGAUUUUGAAAAUCAUGAUAAACACAAAACGUAUGAAUCACCAGAUGUAUUUUAUGAUAAACCAAAAGAUAUGAAAACUAUGCUGGAUUUAUCAAUGGCAUGUUCAGAUUCAAAGAUAUAUACGACAUGGAGUAAUUUGAAACAUUCCUCUAUGAAUAAAGUAAUAACUCGUCAUCCUUCCGGUAACAAUAACACGAUACCAGAUAUCUCACAAAGUGCUGCUAAUCUAACGCUCGGUAGGAUGAAUAAACGGAGCCAAAGCUUACCGGAUUUGUCUCGCGUUCGUGAAUUCCAGCAUAUUAAUAUACCUCUUAAUUUUAGUGUUGAUUCCGCUGAAUCAAGCAAUCAUAUGCAGCGAUUGCAUAGUUCUGGAUCUGCAAUGAGUCGUUCGACAAAUGCGGAAAGUUCGGACAAUGGGGAAAAUGUUGGUACAAAAAAGUUGCAAAAUUUGAGUCUCGUCAGACUGUUUAUGAAGCAAAAGAGCAUGAGCGUGGAGGGAAUGAGUCUUACUUUGGAUCAAUCGGAUUCCGUUAGUGACAACAGUGGCUGGCCUACUAGUAAUAGUGGCAGCGAUAGCGCGACCAACACAAACACUCAGAUUCAACGGCAAAAUGGUCAAGAUAAUAUCUGUGACCGUCGUGUGCCCGAAAACGAUUUCUCUAUAAACUGGAUUAGGCGCGAUGUGACUAAUAAUCGUGAUGUGGAAAAUCAGAGAGAUAGCUUGAACGUUUUAAAGUGUGCGAUACGAAACAAAGACGAUAAAGUCGAAAUGGCAUCAUCUGCAUCGGUGGAAGAACUUUCGGAGAGUACAUCCAAGUCUGGCGGUAUGAGUGAUCAACGAAGCUUCGAUGUCAACAGUCCCUUUGAACAGAAAAACGGUUGGGCUGGUUUAAUGGAAAAGAAAUAUCCGAUCUGUCGAACAACAGGUAUACAAGCCAAUGCGGAAAUGGAAGACAAUGCAGUUCAAACUUCCUUAAUUUUUGCUGCGCUGAGGGAGAAACAUGGUUUCCCUCUCUUACAAGAAACAACAGUUAACAAAAAGCCUGUAUAUGUUGUAUAUCCGAAUUAUACAUUGCCCGACUUGUCGUUUCUUAAAAUUAAAGAUACGAAAAUUGAUAACAUUGCGUUGAAACCACAUACAUUUGACAGAAACAAGAUGGAAUGGAAACGUACCGUUCGUUCAGGUAGACCAUUUUCGUGUAAUGAUAUCGAUGCUCUACGACAACGCGGAUUCGCGCAUAUAAAGGAUUGGGAGUCGCUUACGUUCCUUUUACCAUAUGAAUACAAAAAGAUUUUACAUGAUGUACCAGAAGUAUCGAGAUACAUUAAUAUCAAUGAGGAAGUUAAACGACCCCUAUUCUGUUUGUCUCCUCCAAUGCGUCAUAAGACACGACCGAUCAGCGAAAUUAUACCGAAUACUACUUCAUCAACGAGCAGUACCGCGACGCAACCAUCUUCCGGGUACAGAGGCUCGUCGACGAUUUUAACUGAUUCCUCGACAAAUCAGCAGCCAUUAUCGAAUAAUACGAUCAAUCCGUUGUAUUUAUAUCGAUAUGACAGUAUGAGUUCGGAGGCCAGUUUGAAUAACGACAAGAAAAUGCAUAGGCUCAAUCAAACGAGGCAGACUUGUCCGUCUCUUCCAAAGCGAUCCGUAUCGUUACCGCAAGGCGAGGGUGAAUCUGAUAAUGGCAGAGUACCGCCGCGACCACCAUUGCCGAGAAGUAUUUUACGAAAGAAUAAGGUACUUGCGAGUAAACGAUACAGCAUGUUCGAAAUGGGAGAUGUGGGCGAACAAUCGGAAGAAUCUGUGGACAUAAACAAGAGAAUGUCUUUGCAAGAGCCAUACUACAUGAAUAAUGAUUUGCAGUUGUUAUGUCGCGAAAGAACGAUCGAUUCAGAAAAGGAUGUUGACGAGACAGAAGCGGAGAGAUAUCUUAAAGAAAAAUUAAACGACAUUACAAAUAACGCGAACGUGGAGUCGGAAACUUCUCAGAAUAGCGACGAUGACCUCAAGCAGUUGGAAGAAUAUUUGAAACGUAGUGCAAUCUCGUCGCAAAGCAGCGACGGAGAUAUUGACAAUGCUGAAGUAAAAGUAAGAUCGUAUGUAAGAAAAUUUUUAGCUUUGAGAAUGAACAAGGAUCCACUCGUUAGAAAUAUUGAUAUGGGAGAAUCGCAAAGAAAAACCGUCAGUUUUGCUACGCACCAAAGAAAAAAGCAUCUGGACGCUAAGCUAAAUAAUCUGAAUGUCGUUGUAAAUGAACAAAAUCACGAUCAGGCAACUGAGGAUAAAUUAAUAGAAUUAGAAGAAAAGAAAAAAAUGGUAUCGUCUGUAAAUAAAGCGGUGGAUCUUUUAUUGAAGUAUUGGAACGCUGAUUCCAAUCAUAGUCGUCCUAAUUAUAACGAAAGGAACGAGUGUGCGCAAAUUUGUCUGAGUAAUUUAUGCCCAGCUUUAUAUGCUAUUAUGUCGGAUGGCUUGAAACCCCAUUUGAAUUCCACCUUUGGACCAAUUACUAAUAGCGUUUGGCAGGUUGUCGAAGCUAGUUCUCAACAAGGACCCCUCACAAAAACGUUGAAUGAAUUAGUACAGAGAAUUAAUGGCGAAGAUGUUAUUACAGAAGGAAUGUUAAAGUUCCAUGCAUUUGUAUUUGGCUUGUUGAAUCUAAGAGCUUUAGAUGCAUGGUUUGCGUAUUUAUGUACACGUGAAUCAAUCUUACGGAAACAUUACAGUAACAAUAGCUUAUUUGUCGCGGCUUUGGCCAAUGCGAAUGUCCGAGAAAUCGUUGAUUCGUUGUUGUACAUCCUGAAUCCACUUGCAUUUUGUCCAUUUCACUUGGAUCUUCUCUAUCAGUAUCGUCAAUUGCAAAAUAGUUUUGGGAAUGUGAAUAAUCAUACGAUGAAUGCCAUGAGCUUUAGGAACGCCGAUCUGACUAUGAAAGAUCUCGAGAUUGGGGAAACGGAAUCCUGUAGAAUGGUUUCUAGUCCGAAAAAGACACGACCAAGAUCUUGCAUUGCUUAUAACAUGGACGAUAAAUGCAGCACUAUGCACAAAGGCGAUCUUCAAAAUGCGAAAAAACGUUUCAGUGCUAUAAAUCCGAAGGCGUUUUACGCGUUGGACAAAUUGACUUCUGAGGAUUCUGAAGAUUACACAGAUAGUCUGGAACAUUCUCCUUUAAAUAAAAAAGCAAGCAAGCAAUCACAAUCUAAACUUUUUAAUCCUGAUACUAAAUCGAAUGAUGACAAUGGUCUUUCUGUCGAAACCAAAUUCAAAAAAUUGCAGGAAAAAUGGGAAUUGAUUGGUAAAGAAGGCAAUAAGGGUCAACCUGUCGCAAUGACUCCCUCUUCGCCGGUUCGGACAUUCGGAGUGUUAGGGAAAUCAAAGAUACCUAGAUUGCUCACAUCACCGGUGAAGCAAUCUAAUGUUGCGGCGAAUAUCAUUGGGAAAUCGUCAAAAUUACCCAUGUCGGGAGUCUCUUCAUUAAAGAAGCCCGCUAAUCUUCCUACGACGAAGACAGCCCUAAAGAAACCUAUAGAUACGAAAACGAGAGACGUGACGCGUCGUACGAGCCGUGUUGAUCAAGAUACUCUAGGCGUGACACGAACUCACACUGCACGCCCGAGUUCCUUACCAUAUAAAUCCCAUGGAGUAAUGUCGAAUGACAAGAAUCUAAUCUCGCCUCACAGACGAGCCGUUUCGACCUCUCUACCACGACCGACUGUUACUACUGUUUCAAGGACACCGGUUUCAAAACAUCCACACAAAGAGGUCCGUACUCUCACUCAUAGGAUACCGUCGGACACUGGUCAUCUUUCAUUCGCAGAGGGGGAGAAACUGAAAGUAAUAUUAGAGGUGGAUAAUAAGUGGUUAUUGUGCGCGAAAGGUGAUCGAAGAGGUUUGGUACCACGAGCAUGUGUACGCAGCGUUCAAACUUAGCCCCUCUUCUCGACAAUUCUUCAUGAUCGCAAUUGUAACCAUGAUCCUACCCAGCGGUCAUAAUUGUAAUUUCACCCUCAAAAAUGGAACGAAGAUGAGCGAAUUGCGAGGACGAGCUGAAAAGUUCAAAUUACCUAAAUAUCCCGAGGCGAUAUAAGUGAUGUACAGUGUAUUAAAAUUGUUUUUAAGCCAUAUGAUAUAAUACGCAUUAUCACGCGCUUGUAAAGUUACUUUUAACAGAAGUUUAAUCGAAAACAUUUCGUUUCUAUGGAAAUGCGACAGUAGUAUUAUCGCUAGCGGCGCCAUCGAAGAUAGAGAUAUCACCUAGUCAUAGGCUUUUUUUAGACGACAUUAUAUUUAUUUAGAUUCAUUUAUUUUAGAACGAUGUACAAAUGCGAGGAUAACGAUUCGAUAUAUCCUCGAUGAGUAAAAAGCCGAAAACAGUGUGUAUAAUCUAUACACAUAUUAUGAAUGUGUGUGUGUAACUGUGAUCCUAGUAAAUAGGCGAUUAAGUUUAUUAGUGCGAACGCGUGAUGUAUAUAUUUUGUUCUAAUGUUUAUAUACUGUGACUUUAUAAUUUAUUUAUAUCUAUACUUUUUACAUCGCGCAUCACACAACGAUCCUUCAUUCUGAUUUUAUUUAAGCCAUUUACGACAUGCACUUUCGCGAUGGCGACGAUUACAUUUUUUACAUGCUUCAUGGUAUUUCCCGAUACAUACAUACAUAUAUGUAUACAUAUAC